GAGAGGAGGCGCGGUCGGGAAAAAAAAACAAAACUGGAUUCCUGAUAGCUGUCACCGCACUUGAGAAAAGUACAAAACGAAACCAUCCACUGGAUGGGAGUGUAGGUUUGCUCAGUCUUAUUGUGCAAUUCUCAAUGACUUCCGGAAAUCAAGCCCGUUCUCUUUCUUGGAAAUUGAAGACAAGUGUGAGAAGAGGAUUGAGGGCAGGAGCGGGUGGAAGAUCUUCCCGGUCUUCGGGGAGCUGUGAGCUAAAACAGACAGCGAGAAGUGAGUGAACACAUUCAAACCCCGCUGGGACAGCAGAUAGCUAUUAGCUGCAUGCUAGGUACCGAUAUUCUCUUCCUUGGAGAAGCUCCCUUCCAUAGAAAAAUCUUCCAAAUGCCAAAGACCACAAUGCCUUUGAAGUGUAUUCAAUCCACUGUUGCAAUGAAAGUACAGAUGGUAGUCUUGUCACAAAUGUUCGCAGAUGACAUACCACUGCCUCGUGGAAAUGCAGCCAAAUGCUCAGCCAUCUUUGUUAUGCUUGCAUCUUUCAGCUAUAUGCUUAUUUCCACUGAAGUAAACAUCGUUGCACAGCAAAUCAUGCUUCAGCUUUUUAUAUCAUUACUAGCUGGAGGUGUGUUAAAGCUGUGUGAACUUCUGGAAGAAUGCAGGCACAUCCCUUCCAGAUACAAAAAUGGCUGGAAGGCUUUCAAUGCAUCAUUUAAUCUAAAAGGAUACAGCUGUGGAAUAGUGACAUCUGUACUAUUCUACUGUAUUGUUCAGGACCGUAAGAUUGAUAACAUUCAUUUUCCAAGUUCUUUGGCAUGGAAUGUAAGCAAUUACUGUUUCUGCUGUGCUUUCCUCAAGGUUUUUGGAUUCCUUGACCCCACUCCAGCUGAAAUUUCAGAAAUCUGUGAGGAGAGUAAAUUUAAUGUUGCUCAUGGAUUGGCUUGGUCCUAUUACAUUGGUUACCUGAAAUUAAUUUUGCCAGAUCUGGAAGAAAGAAUAAAAAGACACAACGUUAGAAAUGUACUAGAUUGCAAAGAAAAUUGGAAGUUGUAUAUCUUAAUCCCGUUCAGCUGUAAGGUUUAUGGCAAACUGGAGAAGAUGGACAGUAAGAUUGAAUUCUAUCAAAACCUGCCAGAGAUCUGUAUUGAUAGAGCCGGGAUAAAAGCAAGAAGUUACAAGAAUAGUAUUUAUACUAUUUAUGAUCAAAAUAACAGGCCUCAUCACUGUGUCCUUGAAUAUGCCACACCACUGGGGUCACUGUUUGAAAUGUCGAAUGAUGCCUCUGCAGCCUUUAGCAAAGAAAAGCGUCUAGAGCAGGCCAAGUUGUUCUAUGUCACCUUAGUGAAUAUCCUGAACAACUCUCAAGAAUGUGCAGGUUACUUUAGACUAAUUCCAUAUGACGAUGACUUAGAGGAACGACAAAUGGACUCACAUUUUCUGUCUACCAUGAUCCUGAAGCAUCUGGCACAGGAGAGAAUAGAAUAUUCUGUACCAGAACAAACCACUUGGAAUGAAAUUUUAAGUGAAGACCAAUUAAUGAUCAGCAAAAGUGAUGAUCCACUGCCUUUAAAAAGUAUAAAUCAUUAAGUGGUGUAACUUUAUACAUAUAUUUUACUGUAAUUUUCUCUAGUGUUUUAUCUCAAGAUUGUAUUGUACUUUUCGGUGUUGACACAAUGUUAGUUGCCUAUGUUAGAAUUAAAAGUUGUCCAUAUUCCUUUUGAGACUGAAAUGGAAUAUCAAAUUUAAGUGACAAAUACCAACCAAGUUUCUGCACAACUCUCAGGAGCUCUUAUCCUACCUACUAUGUAGGAGGUACUAUCUAAAAUAAGAAUGCUUUAUUAGGUUUUUAAAAAUAUUAACAGAAUUGCACAAGGUUGGUAAAUGGCUGGCAAUAUUUUUUGUUUAAAUGAUAAACUUCAUGUAUGAAGCUAUCAUAAUUAUGCAAGCCAAUUGAGCAUCAAAAUUAAAUAUAUUUCCCAAUUUACUACACUAUUUAGGGUAUAGUUUGUUUUGCUUGCUAUCUACUUUUAAUAUCUUCCAAAAUAAAGGUCGCAAAUAAGAUUAUUACUACUAAGCAGGAAAUUCAGCUAAACCUCUUUAUCCAGUUUAGAAUGUAGAAGUUUGCUGUCAGAUGCUGUUGUUGAGGUAAAUAUUAAAUACAUUUAAUGGAAAUUUAUGUAACUGCAUGUCAGAAAAAGAAGUUUAUGCUUAUUUGGGAAAAUGAAACAGAAUGCAAGGUGAAUUGUGGAGGGGAACGUAAACAGCAGAUGGAUCAGUGGGGCUGAAUGGCUUAUUUCUGGUGUGUAAUUUUAGCAACGUCAGUGCUGGAUGCUGCAAGGUUUUCUUCCAUUUUCCACCUUACUUUCAGUAACUAGCCUGCAAGGUUUUUCCUCACACAUAUUGUAUUUAGUUUCCUUCAUACUCUCAACAAUGCUCUUUUCCUUCAAUUUCAGAGAAGCACUGAUAUCACGUUACCAUGUUCCAAACCAACUACCUGAGCCUUACUAAGACUAAUAACUUACUAUCACCUAUAACUGAAUCGUGGGUAAUUAAAGACAAUAGUUUUUCAUUUAAACAUUCUUCUGACCUGUUGUACACAGGAAUUGUUCCAAGCACCACAGCACUGAUCAUUGUUUAUUAUUUAUUUUCUGAUUGUGCUGCUGGCAAGGUGUAAUUCCUAGAGAAUUAAUGCAUCUCUUGAGCAAUAUGAUUUUUUUCCCUGAUUGUUGGAGAAAAGCAAAACUCUGCAAGUUAUAGCUAAAUUAAUAUAAUGUCAAAUAUUAAGUUGCUUGUAGUUUUUAAUCAAUAAUCUUAAAUAAUCAAACCAAUUUAGUUAUAAACGAUAACCUUAAACAAUCAUUACUGUCUAUUCGUAUCAGGACGUUAUAUUGCUUUACAAUACUGCAGUAUUUUUAUGUGUAGAUUUGUGGGAAUGAACUAAACUAUAAUUGUAAAUGAAGGGUAAAUAAUCAGAGUAGAAACUAUUGGGACUAUGAAGAAUUAAAUUACGAGUUCUUAAUGUAUUUAUAUAACUUUUGUUACUGGACUAUGUGCUUUGCCCUAAAGCUAAAAUCUGGAGGUUUUAAUAUUAUAAUGUAAUAAAUCUAGGUGUUUUGAAAUGUUUGAACUAUCACCCUUUCAAUUUUACAAACAAAUUUGUGUAAAGACGGUUGUCCCCUUUUGCAAUAUUCUGAGAAACCAGUCCUUAGGGACGACUUUUGCCAUAAGCUUUGGGAAUCUAUUGUUGAAUAACUUCCAAGUCGUGAACCCACGCAAGGUGGCAGCACUGUUUCAGACAGAAUUUGAUGCAGAGUGGCCAAUUAGAAGUCAGCUCAAUGCCAUGUAAUUAGGAAUGGUGGGCUGGUUCAGGCAGAGGAAGCUGCAGUCAGCUCAUCCCACUCCAGAGGAAACCUGCAGCCCUCACUAUGACUGGUGCGAGUGUUGCUGAGGCUCAUGUGUUCUGACAAUUUAGAGACAUCCAUCACCAGGCUUUCAACACUCAAAGCAAGGCUGUGAAUAAAGACAGCUGCUUUGCAGUUUGCUGCUGGAAACAUUUAGAUCUCUUUCAGCUGGAUCUGCCAGUGUAAUGCUGCCUACUCUCACUCAUCAGGGAACCAAACAGAGGAGGGAGCUUCAUGUUGCUAAGCUUGUGAUAAGUUCUGUUAAGUAUUUCCUUAAUUAGCUUGAUUGCAUUGCUAGCAGUGCAGGUGAGAUGACAGUACCCCUGGAAUAGGUGUGAGUAGGCAGGAGAGCAUGUUGAAUCACCACCCCGAUGCUUUGUAACAGAAUUUUGACAUUCCCAAGCCUCUGAAGCUGCUUCUACAGGGCUGACAAAUCUGCCUUAUUUGUUCUUAUUGAAUAUAAUAUGUUGCUCGGGUCUUCAAACCAAAAGUCUCUUUGCAAUUGGGUUUCAGGGUAUUUGGUUGUUUUUCCUAUACCAUAUUGACAAUAAAGGAACUGGAUCAAGAA